AAAGCAACACAUCCCAUUUCUCUCUCUCUCUCAAGAACUCAUUCUCUCUCUCUAACAAAUGGAUAACAGCUGUAUAGAUGACAGUACUAGCAACACUUCAGGGUCUCUCUCCACCUCUACUCUCUCCGCGAAGAAGAAGCUCUCCCCUCCUCCUCCUCCUCCGGCGACGAUGCGUCUCUACAGAAUGGGAAGCGGCGGAAGCAGCGUCGUGCUGGACUCAGAGAACGGCGUCGAGACUGAGUCACGUAAGCUCCCGUCGUCGAAGUUCAAAGGCGUCGUCCCUCAGCCUAACGGAAGAUGGGGAGCUCAGAUUUACGAGAAGCACCAGCGUGUCUGGCUCGGCACUUUCAACGAGGAGGAAGAAGCCGCGGCUUCCUACGACAUCGCAGCUCGGAGAUUCCGCGGCCGCGACGCCGUCACGAACUUCAAGUCGCCGGCGCUCGACGGGACCGACGCUGAGUCUGCCUUUCUUGAGGCUCAUUCUAAGGCCGAGAUCGUUGAUAUGUUGAGGAAACACACUUACGCCGACGAGCUUCAACAGAGCAAACGGAAGUUCCUUGACGGUAACGGAAAACGAUGCGGGUCAGGGACGGCGGCAAUGAGUAAGGGAAACGACGGCGUUUCGAGAGCGCGUGAAGUUCUUUUCGAGAAAGCCGUUACGCCUAGCGACGUCGGGAAGCUUAACCGGUUGGUGAUACCGAAACAGCACGCGGAGAAGCAUUUUCCGUUACCGGCGAUGACGACGGCGACGGUGGUGACGGCGAUGACUCCGUCUCCGACGAAAGGUGUUUUGAUUAAUUUGGAAGACAGGACGGGGAAGGUGUGGCGGUUCCGUUACUCGUACUGGAACAGCAGUCAAAGUUACGUGUUGACCAAGGGCUGGAGCCGGUUCGUUAAGGAGAAGAAUCUCCGAGCCGGCGAUGUGGUUUGCUUCGAGAGGUCGACCGGACCAGACCGGCAGUUGUAUAUUGACUGGAAAGUUCAGUCCGGUAAGGAGGAAAUUACACCGGUUCAGAGUGUGGUUAGGCUAUUCGGGGUCAACAUUUUUAAUGAGACGACUAACGCUAAACCAAACGACGUCGCAGUAGAGUGCGGUGGCAAGAAGAGAUCUCGGGAAGUUGAUUUGUUUGCGUUAGGGUGUUCCAAGAAGCAGACGAUGAUGAUCAAUGCCUUGUGACAGUUUCAUUUUUUUUCUUAUUUUUAAAUUUGUUUCUCCUUUUUCAAAAUUUCUAUUAAAUUGGCAAGUUGUAAAUUAGGACAAGACAAGAAAAAAUGAUGACUAGGAAAUAGUUUUUGCUUACAUCUAAUUUGGGUUUGUUUUUCUCCCUUGCUCAUUAUGAUUUCUUUUCAACCAUAUA